AUGAAACGAAAACGAGCAAAAUCAUCGAAUCCCAGUCGACUUACAGUAACUCCACUUCUUCACACAACAAAUAAUCUGGUCGAAAAUAACAAUAUAGCACUUCCGGUGAGCCCACAUUUUUUAUUGAGAAAAAUUUUGGCUCCAAAAACAUCAAUUAUAUAUUUUUCAUAAUAAUGGUGAAAAUCGUAGACCAAAAAUAAAAAUAAAAUGAAUCUUGGUUUUUUUAUUGAAAAAUGUUGUUGUGAAUUACAUUUGUAUAGAAAAUUGUGGUUUUGAUUGAGGUUUUUCAAAUUUAGCCCCACUUUUAAUUCUUUGUGAUCUUCACAACUUUGAUCAUCAUUCCAAAAUUUUAUUUGCAAAACAAAAAAAACGAUGAAUAAAUAAAAUAAAAUGAAAAAUCAUAUCAUCGCCAAAAAAAGUGUAAACUUUUUGUCUUUGUCACAAAAAACUAUACAUUUUUAUAUAUUUUUUCGCCAAAGAUCUCCCAUAUUGUUUAUAUAUGUUUUGGUUGUGUUAAUUUCAACCAGAUGUGUUUUCUCUUUUUAUUUUUUGAGAACUUCCUCGUUGCAUGUGACCUAUGAAAACUUUUAUUUUUGUUUCAAAAGUGUUUUCUGGUGACAGCCUUUAAAAAGCUUUUGUCUAAUUUUUUCCACUUGAUCAAAUAGUUCAGCACACAAAAAAUCUUGCAAAAAACAUUCUGAGAAUAGAAUUUUCAGAAUUCUACAAGUCAACCAAUGUUGAGCACACAAUCUGCUCGAGGAUGCAAUACACUUCCAAGAAGAGUUAGUUUAUUUUAUUUUUGAAAAAGUUUUGGAGAAAGUGCAAAUUGUUUAAAAAUUUGGAACCGCGAAAAAAUUUGUUUAUUUUUUCUAUGAAACUUCCCAAAACUCCCGCAAUUUUUCAUGAAAUAUUAGAUUUGCAGGUAAGAAAACUAUCUAAAACCUUUCUGAAUCUAUAAAAUGUUCCGGUUUCAAAGAGACUAUUUAUCGAAUUAUAAUAUAAUACAAAUUGAAAUUGUAUUCAAUCAUUCAGCCGUUCAUAAUAAAAUAGAAUAGUACCACAUUUAUUGAAAGAAAUACUGAAUCGAUACAUGUUUUUGAAAUGAAACCAAACGAAAACUACUAAUUAUUUCUUUGCUGUAUAGAUAGACAGUGUCAUUUUCAUUCAUUCACCUGUUCUGUUCUCUUCUAAUUUUGUUCUAAUAAAACAAAAUACUGUGUGAAUGGUAUUUCCUAAAUAUGAUUGUAAAAUUCUUGAUUUCGUUGGAAAGCGGGUGAGUACUGUUCAAGAUUUCUAUAAUCUGGGUUUACUAAAACUAUAAUAUUACUGUAGAAGCUUAACCUCGAAAGAGUUCAAAGCCCGAAAUGACCUAACUUCUCGACCAACCCAACAAAUUCAUGUAACUUAAUAUUCCACAACUCACUCACUCAUUGUCAGAAAAAAGAGUCAAACAAUAAAAAGAGUGUAAAUAUGGAUGACCCCUGAAAGAGUGUCGGUUCGGCGGUCGAUUUCAAUUGUUCAAAACUAUCAAAAUUUUCAUUUGUGUCCGCGUUGACAAAUAUUUACACUUGACGGCUCAGAUAUAUCAUCCAAAAAUAUCUUAAUAGAAUUCUUUUGGCUUUUGCCCCCAGUUGGCCUUGCUUACUAGAAAAAGUUUAUUAUAAAUUCAUAAAAUUAUGCAUUUUUCUCACACUUGGCAUUUUUCCUUUUUCAUUUUUUAUUUUGAGAAAAAUGUUUUAUUUUUGUUGAAAAGUUUUUUGUGAAACAAAUAUUUUGAAGUGGAGCAACAAGUUUUAUAAUAAUCUGAAAUUCAAAUAUAUUUGUAAUGUAUUCUUAGGCUUAUGCUAGCAGCUAGACUAGGGUAAAAACAAAUAAGAAAAAGAAAUGGGCUCAUUGCCAGGUUGUCGUUUUUUCCUACUUUUUGUAUAAAUACAUAUAAACAGCCGCGCACCUGCCACCCUGUUCUCUUUUUCUCCCGCCACCCAAAACAACACAUUAUAGAUGACCCCUGGUGACAUCUUAGUCUUGUUUUUGUUUUCUUUUUGACACACUCAGACACAAAAUGCGCUUUUUUGUUGAAUAAUAAAAUAUUUGGCUUUUUGAGAACUAGAAAAACUUUUUAGAAAUACGCGAUUGCUUCUGACUUUUACUAUUGUUUUCUAGAAGUUUUUAAAAUUUGAAUUAUUUCUACUGUACCAGGUUUCUUUUUUUGUCCGUAAUUUUUUGAGUCAAUUUUUUGUAGAUGGUAAAUUGAAGUUGUGUCUAGAAAAUAUGCGUUUUGAAUUGAAUUUUUUGGCUGAUUUUGCUCUUGUUUUUUGACAUAGCUUAGCUCAACAUUGAAUAUGAGUUAUGACGUGGCAAAACUUUGAAAUCUGAAAAAUUGUUUUCUUGAAAAUGUUUUGAAAACAUUUUAUGUGAAUUUUCAAACUGAUUUGUUUCAGAAUUACUUUAAAAAGAAACUUCAAAGUUACAUGAUGUUUUUUCCGAUUUUUUGCGAAUGAUUUUUUCGGAAAUACAUUCCCGCGAAUCGAUUUCGACAUCGAAAAUAUUUUAUUUUGAUCAAGCAAACUUUUUUCCCAAAACUUUUAUCAUCCAGUUUUCUAAGAGUGGUUUCUCAAAAUAAAAACAAUUUUUCCAGCAUUCCUCAAACAAAAAUUUUUAAUCAAAAACUUUUCAAGGCCACGCUGAAAAAUUUGAGAUGUUUCAAAAUGUUCUCAUGUUCCUCCAAUUAUCCCUCCAGGUCCAAUAAUUUCCCCAAAAACCAAGGAAAAAUGCAAAUUUGCCCAUCUCAUGUGUAGAUAUAAAUCUUGUUGGCAAAUCCUCGAAACAUCUCCUUUUUGUCGAUUCCUUUUUCGUUCUCCCGCUGUUCCAUAUAUUAUAAUCCUUUAUUACUUUCCCCUUUUCCACCAAAAAACAUUUUUUUGUUUUCAUUUUUCGCCCAUAUUAUUAUUAUUAUUAGUACAGAAUACAUACAUUCAAGAAGUUCUUGUGGUGUUUUUUAGAAACCGGAUUUUUUGCAAGAAAAAAUUCGUAAUAAAAAAGUUUUAUUAUUGAUAGUUGCUGGACGGUCUCACUGAUAUUUUUAUAUUUAAUUUUUGAUGUAAGAAGAAAAUUGUCAUGAGAACUGUAAAAAAUGUGAGGAGCAGCUGAUUGAUUUGAAAAAUUUGAUAAUUUUUGUUGAUUUUUGAACUUAUUGAAAAAACUGUAUUUAGUUUCAUGAACUCAAAUUACUGUUUCUCAAUUUUUGAAAUUUGUACCUUUUUUAGAGCUCCUGAAAUUCUUUCAUAAUUAAAUUAGCUAGCGUAGUACAGAGUUACUGUAAAUAAUUGAAUUCAGUUUACUCGACCUUUGAAGUUCUCAUAUCAUUUUUGAGGUUUUGAAACCUUCCAGAAAAAUAACGUUCAUUAGAACUUUGGACCUGAUUUUGAAGCCCUCGGCAUUUUCAAUUUUUUCAAUGGCUACCGUAAAUUAGGAUUACUGUAGAAACUGGAGGCUGAAAAUACCUUAUUUGAACUGGUUCCUAAAUUAAUCCCGAAUAACCUAGAAACAUGUUUAUGACACCUUUUAUAAUCCCGCCGUCCUCAAAUUACAAGUAUCUAUGUAUCUAUAAAACCUUGUUUUUCUGACCUUCACCACAAUUUUUUCUCCUUUUCUCGUUCUCCCAAAAUAUUUCCUUUUCUAGUUUUCCACCCCGCCAAACCGCAACUUUUUUAGCCCAUUGUUAUUUUGUCUCGAGAAAAAAAGAGGCGACAAAAAAUAUAUAACUAAUUCCAUGUGGGUGCGCGACAUUUGGCUUCAACUUCCUCCUCUUUUUCAUGUUUUUUUGGGACCCUGCUAACUAAAUAAGUUUUUUUUUGCGAAAAGGCGCGAAUUUAAUUAAAAAAUACUUUUUUUCGGAACUUUUUUUUGUAAAUAAUUAAAUGAAUUAUUUUUUUGGCGAGAAAAUGAAAAUGCAUUUAUUUUUGACUGAACUGAACAUAAAAAAGACAACACAUGUGACAUUCCGUUUUUUAGGGCAAAAUAUUUUUUGAUAAGAAAACAAUGAUUUUUUUGCAGUCUACAAUCCUGUCAUCUUCUCAGAGUCAAACUGGUAUGAUAUCAUUGACUCAGCAGAUUGGAGCUGUUAAAUUGGAUACGCAUAAAAGUGACACUUUUGAGCAGAAUGUGAGUUUUUUUAUGGGCGAUGGGAUUUUGUGGGAAAAAAAUUAGUAAAGUUUUUUUAUUUUAAAUAUUUUUUAUCAGAAAAUAUUGUCACUCAAAAUUUUCAAAUUUCAUUUUUAUCACUUGGAAAAUUUUUUUCCGAAAAACUGAUUUUUUGAUUUCUAAAAUUUUGAAUGUUUCAAAAAAUUCUUAAAUUUUUCAAACGUGACCUCUCUUGCAAAAAAAAAUCAAUUUUCCCUCAAAAUAAUCUCAUUUCCAGGACUUGGUGCUAGACAAUUCGGGAAAUGUAUUAUCGGGUAGCCGCGAUGCCUUAAUUCGACGACUUGUUCCAACCAAAGACUUCUGUCCAGAUAGCUCAUAUAUUUUUUCGCUUCUCGUGAAUAUCCGCACUUUUAUCAGCCCUCAUGAACUAAUGCAAAAAAUUGUGCAGGUUUGCUUGGUCUCGAGAAAAAGAAAAUUAAUUCGAGUUUUUUUAGUACUGUAUGUUCGCGCAAAAUGCCGAUUCUCACAAUUUUGCAAAAGAAGGUCGAGGAAGAAUGUUUGCACAUAUUUUGAGAUUAUGUUCUGAAUGGGCCACGAAUAUACCGUAUGAUUUUAAGAGUGAAUAUAUGCGAACUAGGUUGGUUUAUAGAACUUCGAGGUCUGGAUCCAAAGUUAUCAAAAAUUAAUUUCAGGCUAAACGAAUUAUUACGAUUAUGCGCUGUGGAUAAAACCUAUCAACAAAAAACCACUGAUCUACAAUCAUCACUCAGAUCAGCUCUGAACAAACUAGAUAGAUAUGAAAAAGCCGUGUCAAAUCUUCAAAAAGCGCUCAGCGAAAAUACUCAAUUACCAGAACAAUCAGAUAUGAUGAAUGGAUUAUUUCAACUUUGUAAUGAUCCCAAAAUAAUUGCUCAACAAUUGACACAUAUUGAAAUGGAGAGAUUUAGUAUGGUUGGAGUUGAUGAAAUUGUACAAUCAUUGGCUAGUGAUCCAUUAUCGGAAAUUGGGAGAAAUCAGAAAAAUAAAGAGGGAACUAUUAGCUCGAUAUCAUUUUAUAUUGAAUGGUUUAAUCGAUUAUCAGCAUUUUCGGCUAUUGAAGUUUUGAAGCAAACUAAAAAACGGUUGGUUUUUUUUUGAAAAUGAUAUUGUUUUUGAUUUGAAAAAUUCUGAAUAUUGGGGCCAAAAAUCAAAAACUGAACAUUUGAAAAAUGUCAAAAAUUGAGCUGCAUUACUCCGAAAUUUUCAGACAUCGAAUAACAGUUUUCGAAUUCAUGAUCGACAUCGCCAAAGAAUGUUGUGAAAUCGGAAAUUUCAACUCAAUGAUGGCAAUUGUUGCGGGUCUUUCGCUUCCCGCCGUCGCACGAUUAAAAAAAACUUGGAGUCGCGUCGAAAAAUCAAAACUCGAAAUCCUUCAACAUCAACUCGAUCCAUCUGGCAACUUUUUGAGCUAUCGAGCGACGAUAAAAGCGGCUCAAUGGAGAGCGGAUGGUGCGAGAGGAUGUGCGAAUCAACAACGAAUUGUUAUUCCAUUUUUUGUGUUGUUGUUGAAGGAUUUGUUUUUGAUUUAUCACGGUAAUUCGAGGAUUUUGCCGAAUGGACAUUUGAAUUUUAUGGUGAGUUUUAUCGUGAACUUUUUAUUUUGAAAAUUUUGUGAAAACGGGUUUUCUUGAAUUUGUCUGAAAAUAUAAGUUCCUACUAAUUCAGAACCUUGAGUUGCAAUUCAAAAUUUAUCCACAAGCCAAUUUUAAAGGCGACUUUUUUCGAAUUUUCUGCUCAAUCAAUGUUGAAGGUUCAAACUACAAACAUUUUGUAGAUCAAUUUUAGAAAGAAAAUUUCAAAACUUGAAAUGAAAACCCACACCUCAAUGCUUCUUGCAGGCCUUCUCCCAACUCGCUGAGCAACUUCGUGACGUAAUCCAAUGGAAAUCGACGAGUUGCAAUUUCGAGAAAAAUCCCCAAGUCCUUCAAUAUCUUCUAAUAACUGCAGUUUCCGGCGAAAAAGAUUCGAUGCUAAUGUCAUUUGAAUGUGAACCACCAGAAUCAUCAGCCGAACGAGAACAACACAAAAAACUCAAAACCAAAUAA